AGAUGUAGACACGUGUCCACCUCACCAAUCCGGUCGUCUCUCCCCCAGACCCGAACACUCCGGUUGACAAAAAAAAACCUUUUCUCUUUCCCAAAAAUUAACCAAUUUUUUCCUUAUCAUCAUCAUCUAUCUUUCUUCUUCCUCGCGAAACCCUAAUCUCCGAUUCGCUCCAAUUCGUUCGAAUCCUUGGUACUACUCUCUUCCGUCGGAUCUCGAAUCUGUACUCUCAGCUUCUGAAAUCUCCGGGGAAUGCAGAUAAGGUUUUGGUGCCAAGGCUGGAAGGAAUCCCACUCUCAAGGGAUUGUCAUCGUUGCCCCUAAAGCAAGAGCCAGGGACAAACCUUGGGAUCUUCAUCAUCACCUCUAAUCUUUUCCUUCUUUGUAUUUUGAAAAAAUGGCUCGUAUUUUGAUUCAACGAGGAAGUUCUUCCAACGCAACCCGCUCUACUUCUUCCUCAGGAACUGAGCCACCACAGGCAAGCAGUAAUAAUGCUCAGGUUCCACCAGCGACUAUUGAUGAAGAAACUACUACGGAUGGAAAGCAAGAAGAGGUUAAUGUUGUUGAACAAGCGGAGUGUUCUGAGGCUAAGGAUGUAUCACUUCCCCCCAGUGAUGAGCCUGUGGAUAGAGAGGAUGAUGAAGGUUUGAUUGUUUCAGAAAAUGUUGUUGUUGAAAGUGAAGGUAGAGAUUGUGAUUCCCCUGAUUCGCUGCCCUUACCUGUUCCUCCACCGAAGCCUUCUUCGAAUGAUAAUAGGAGACCGGUCUUGGGAAGUUUCGGUGCUUUACGAAUUGGAGCAGCACAAAGAGGAGCUGGACCUCGCUCUCUUGUUUCCACUAGGAGUUUGCCAAGUGGAUCACACCCUUCUUCUCCAAGGUCACAGAGUGAGAACGAAGGCUAUAACAGUUCCGAUGAGCAUAUGCCGUGCUUUGUACCCUCUCAUGCUGGCUCUAGCUCUGGCUCGGAAAGAGAGCUUCAGUUUGAAACCGAGAUUAGACAAUCGAAAGGCUUCGAGAUCAGGCGUAUGGUGGAAGAUGGAAACUGUCUCUUCAGGGCUGUGGCAGAUCAAGUAUAUGGAGACUCAGAGUCACACGACAUGACUAGGCAACUGUGCAUGGACUACAUGGAACACGAGAGGGAUCACUUUUCUCAGUUCAUAACUGAAGGCUUUACCUCUUACUUGAAGAGGAAAAGAAGAAAUAAGGUCUAUGGAAACAACGUGGAGAUCCAAGCUUUAGCAGAAAUGUAUAAUAGGCCUAUCCACAUUUACUCCUAUAGCACAGAGCCGAUCAACAUAUUUCAAGGGAGCUACAACACGGAUACACCUCCCAUAAGGCUGAGUUACCACCAUGGGAACCAUUACAAUUCUUUGGUGGAUCCACAUCGGUUGACAGUUGGUGCAGGUCUCGGAUUUGGUAGCCUCAGUGGGAGACACGUGGACAGAGAGCAGGUGAAAGCUGCUAUUAAGGCUCAGCAAGAACAUCAGAUUGAUAAUGCGCUGUUAGCAGAAGGGAGAUAUUACUCUGAUCUUGAGCUUACGGAAAAGGAAAUUGAACGGUCGGUAAUGGAAGCUUCUCGUGCUGAGUAUCUUAUGGAAUGGUCCAAGCCACGUAUUGGUCCCACCUCUAAUGCUGAGACGUCCUCUUCUGGAGCUACAGGAACUGACUGGAAACAAAAGGAGGCAGUAAAAGAGAAGACGGUGGUGAGCAGCAGUGUAGAGAUGGUUUUGUCGAUGGGAUUUAGCUAUACGCAGGCCAUGGAAGCUUAUAGCAUUUUCGGGGAUGACGUUGACUCUAUUGUCUGCUAUGUACUGGAGACGAGCUGUGGGAGCAGCAACAACCGACGCAAAGGCAAAGCCAUGGAGUAGAUAAAUAUGUAACAUUGAGUUGUUUUGUUAUAUAUACUAUGAACCAACGAUUGCUAUUGCUAUCAAUGUUUGGGCGAUUAUUACCCUUUUAUCAAAAUAAUGAAUAAACUUCUGCAUCA